AUGCCGCCGCAAUUCACCACUCAACUCAACGGCACCAUGACGUUUUCGGCCAGCUUAAGUGCGUCAGUGAGCACUUCAGCCAACGUGACAAGCAGCAGAAACUAUCGACCUUUAAUCCCAGAAACCCCAGGCAUACACCCGAGCGGUCCUCCACCGCCUCUCAUUUUAUCAGUCGAAGAAGCUGAUCAACUCGAACAUCUCGCCGAUGCAGUAACGAAGCAGACUCUAACUGACUAUCUACAUUUCCGAGAUGUCCGCAAGCGUCGUCUUCACGAUGAACAAUGGAAAGAAGUUCGUCGUCAAAACAAUCUCGUGGCAUUCAAAGAGCGAGAGUCGUGGCGUCAGCAGCAUCAAACGUUGUGUACACCUGACGGUCGACUUGAGCCAGUUGUCUGUAAGACUUCUGUCCCUACUUUACUGGUACUCGGAGCUCUUCAAGGAACACUUGACGAUGAGAUGUAUGGAAUGCACAUGGACAGUGACAAUGGCGCUAAGCUUCGAUCUUCGUAUAUCCACGAUCAGGUCAACGACUUUCGAGUAUUGACGCGUAUUCGAGGAGCUACAAAAGAAGACCCUUUCCGGUUCUGUGGCGUCACGUGGAUGGAUUUGGGCAAUGCUGGCUACGGCCCAUUCGCUAAGAAACGAGACCACUGCGUCAUCAUUUCCAUGGGUGUCACUCGUACUGUGCGCGGUGAGCGACUCGGAUAUUACGUCGCUCAUUCUAUCGAUGUGAGUUCGAACGACAUAAUGGGAAGAAGUACGCAACUUGGUGUGGGAAGCGACCCAAGUAACAGCAAGUACAUUCGUGCCAAAAGCU